AGAUUGGUGUUUUGUUUUUUUCAUCUUGCAUCAUGGUUGCUCCGAAGAACAAGAUCCGCCGCAUCGGCAAGAAGAAGGGCGCGACGCUGAAGGACGUCAGCGCGUGGCGCUGGAUCAAGACGGCCGCCCGCCACUUCAAGCAGGAGGGCAAGAUCUUCGUGCCGAACUGCACGGAGAUCAUGAAGAGCUCCCACGGCCGCGAGCGUGCCCCGCAGAACCCGGACUGGUACUACAUCCGCUGCGCCGCCGUGCUGCGCGCCAUCUACCUGCGCCCCGGCGUGGGCUACGGCGGCCUCAGCAAGCGCUUCGGUAACAAGAAGAACUACGGCAGCCGCCCGGAGCACGCCGUGACCUCCUCGAAGGGUCCCCUUCACUGGGCCUGCAAGUCGCUGACGAAGCUCGGCCUUGUGGAGCCCGGUGCGCAGUCCGGCCAGCGCCUGACCCGCAAGGGCCACAAGUUCGCCGACUCCCUCGCCUUCCAGGUGCAGAUCCGCAAGUUCGGCGCCAGCAAGUAAGAAACGAAUAGCCGUGUGUGAGGUGACCAUGCCUUCCUUUGACUCCCUGAGCUGAGGCGCAGUGAACUGCACUGGUGCACGCUCGUCUGUCGCAGUGAUGCGCUCGGAAACCAAAAAAGGUGCCGAGCCUUCAAGAGAGGGAAGUCAAGGAGGAGCGACGAGGGAGAGAGGCAGCAGGGGUGGGCGGUAGAAGUGGCCUCCCCUCUCCGCGUCCUCUUCACCCUUUCUACCCCUCUGUCCCCUUCCUUCUGCAUGUGCGAAGCACCACACAAUACGGAUGCCACCCUAUUCUCUUUUGUUUUUCGUUUGUUGGUUUCACUCAUUUCAACCUGCC